AUGUCGAGGAUCGAAGAGCUUCCAGACGACUUCGAUGAGUCGCUCAACCUCAACGAGGUUCCUCCCCAGGGCCCGCCGGACCUGCCCCAGCCCGGCUUUGAUGCGUUCGCUGCCUCCAACGACGAUGUGCCCUUCCCUAUCAACGAGGAGAAGUUGAAGGAAAUGGAGAAUGACCCCUCCGUGCCCAAAAUGCCCCCGGCCAUGGCCUCGGUCAAGUCGCAUUCCAAAGAGGAGCUGCUCGACAUGAUGAACAAGACGCCGCUGUUCAUGACGGAUAUCGAGAAAGCAGGUGAUGAGAAUGGCGAAAAUAUUCUUCUGGAUGCUAUAACCGCAAUGCAGAACGAGGGUACCCGUGGCGAGGUUGCGCAGAGCUUCAAGGAGCAGGGCAAUGAGGCCGUCUCCGAACUCCGCUGGAUCGAUGCCAAGGAACAUUACACGAAGAGUAUUGCCGUGAUUAACGCCAAAGAAGAUAAGUGGGAAAAGCCCGAAGACUUGGCAGCGGAGAAGAAGCUUCUUCGGCAGAUGGAGGAACUGUCACACAUCAACCGAGCACUGUGCAAUCUCGAGCUCGGUAAUUACCGAUCUUGCACUACAGACUGCGCUGCUACAAUCAAGCUCAACCCCAAAAAUGUCAAGGCCUACUACCGCUCAUCGAUGGCACUGUUGAAGUUAGACAAGGUCGACGAAGCAGAAGACGCAGCCAGUCGCGGUCUUACUGUCGAUCCUGAGAACAAGGCUCUCCAAACGGCCGCGAAAAAGAUUGCUGAGCGCAAGGCGGCCAAGGAGCGCGUCAUCGCUAGAAAGAAGGCCGAGGAAGAACUCGCUCGCAAGCAGAACCUGGUGCUCAGCACUGCCCUGCGCGCCCGUCAAAUUCGAACUCGCAAGACUGAGCAGCCACCCGACAUGGAAGAUUCUCAGAUCCGACUGAUUCCUGACCCUCUUUCACCAGAGAGCACCGUUGAGUUCCCGGCUGUUCUCCUGUACCCCAUGGAUGCUCAGUCCGACUUCAUCAAGGGCUUCUCGGAGAUGCACUCGAUUGCUGAUCACCUGGAUUAUAUUUUCCCUCUGCCGUGGGACACCAAGAAGGAGUACUCGAUGCAAAAUGUGGAAUGCUUCAUGCAGACCGUGACCGGGGGUCUAAUCAAGGCCGGUAAGAAGGUGCCCUUGCUGCAAAUUCUUUCUGGUGGAAAGGUCGAGGUGGUGGAUCAGCUGGUUCGGAUCUUUGUUGUGCCCAACUCUAAGACUGGUGCUUUCAUUGCGGAGAUGAAGGCUCGGAAGGAGGGUUGA